UAAUGUCCGAUAAAUAAAUAAUAAUAAUAAUAAAAAAAGCAUCAGAGAAACUGCAACACAGAGUAACCCAGUUUUCGUCCAUUCCAAAGGCAAAUUUCACACAAACCCCAUCAAUUUUCUUGCCCACAUCACAAAUCCAGAAAAAAUAUCCUAUUUCGGGUGAUAAAGAGAGAAAAGAAAGGAAUUUCAAGAGCCAAGUCCUUGAGGGGUGUUUAGUAGUGAUUUCCUUGUUUGAUGGCUCUUCACUGUGGCGUUUUCAGCUUCAGGAGUGUGGCUUCUCACCCUCCAAGUUCUGUCAUGUUGAGUCAGCCCACUGUCAAAGCUUCCACCUUUUCUUCCCCACUUGCCCCUCCUAUUGUCAAAUUCAAUGUCAGAGGAAAGGCUUUUCCUGGUGAUGGAACACCUGAAACAAAGGAAUCACCUCUUGUGGUUUGUUUUGGGGAAAUGCUCAUUGAUUUUGUCCCAACUGUCAGUGGCCUUUCUUUGGCUGAAGCACCUGCGUUUAAAAAGGCUCCUGGAGGUGCCCCUGCUAAUGUUGCAGUAGGCAUAUCUCGAUUAGGGGGUUCAUCAGCUUUCAUUGGAAAGGUUGGUGAAGAUGAAUUUGGAUACAUGCUUGUGGAUAUACUAAAGGAAAAUAAUGUAAACCAUGAAGGGAUGCGUUUUGACCCUGGUGCACGUACUGCCUUGGCAUUUGUUACAUUGAGGAGUGAUGGGGAGCGAGAGUUCAUGUUUUAUCGUAAUCCCAGUGCUGAUAUGCUGCUCCAGGAAGAUGAACUUGAUUUGGACCUUAUCAGAAAGGCGAAGAUUUUUCAUUAUGGUUCUAUAAGUCUCAUAACAGAACCAUGCAAAUCAGCACACAUAGCUGCAGCAAAGGCUGCAAAAGAUGCUGGUGUAGUUCUGUCUUAUGAUCCUAACCUGAGGCUUCCUUUAUGGCCUUCUGAAGAUAGUGCAAGAGAAGGAAUUCUGAGUAUAUGGGAAACUGCAGAUAUCAUUAAGGUAAGUGAAGAAGAGAUUUCUUUUCUUACAAAAGGUGAGGACCCAUACGAUGAUGCUGUUGUACGUAAUCUAUUCCAUGAAAACCUCAAGCUACUCCUAGUUACUGAAGGUGCAGAAGGUUGUAGAUAUUACACCAAAGAGUUCAGUGGCAGGGUGAAGGGAUUGAAGGUGGAUGCUGUUGACACCACUGGUGCUGGUGAUGCUUUUGUGGCUGGAAUAUUAUCACAAUUAGCUGUGAAUCUUUCAUUAAUUCAGAAAGAAGAAGAGUUGAGAGAUUCUCUAAAGUUUGCUAAUGUCUGUGGUGCAUUGACUGUGACUGAGAGAGGUGCAAUUCCAGCUUUGCCUACCAAGAAAGCUGUUCUUGAUGCUAUGCUUAAGCCAGUUUCCUAGCUUUGCAGCCACUCUCUGUAAUUAUGUGGUGAGUGAGGAUAAUUCUUUUUGGAGAGGGGAAUUUAAAUUCUUGGGAAAUUGUGAGCUAGGGCAAUGAAUAAGAACUGGUCAUUUAGUUCAGGCAAAAUUCUACACUAAUCAAGUUCAUCAUUAUUGGCUAAUAGAGAAUCCUUCUCCAUGCAUCAA